AUGGGUCAGGAGGGUCAGGCUGAGGAUGAGGAGGUGUUUGAGGAGAUCCGUAGGCUGAGGCUUGAGAGGGGACGCCUGCUGCAGAAGAUUAAAGUUUUGGAGCAGCAGCAGCACAGCGCCCUCACUGCACUGGAGGAGCUGGCCGUGCUGCGGGCGCGUCUGGAGCAGGCGGAGGCCGAGCGAGAUCGUCUGCAGGCCGAGCUGGAGGAGCUGAGGGCAGGCCAGUCCGUCGGCCUCUUCAGUGACUCGGAGGACUCCGACGGCAUGCUGGACUUCCCAGGAGCAGAAAAGCUCCUCUCUCGGCAGUCUAGGGCUGCAGAUGGGGAGCAGACCCAGGAGGAGGCCACUGCAGCUGGGGAGGAGUGUGGGGAGCGAGCAGAGGCUCCAGGGGACGCGGCAGAGCUGCAGAAACAGGUGGAGGAGCUGACAGCACAGAAUGCCGAGCUAGUGCUCAAAGUACAGAUGCUGGAGAUGUUUGAGAAGGAUGACACGAAUAUGGAGAGUUCUGGGCCAGACUUUGUGCCCACCGUGCUGUAUGAGUCCCUGAGGAAGGAGUAUGAGGAGCUGCAGGAGAAGUACUCCCGUGCCCAGGCUGCAGCUGAGGCCUCCAGCAUAGACGAACCAGGGUCUGAGGGAAAACCGGAGGAGGUCAAGGAGCCGGGGGAGGAGGAGUCGCCAAAAAAGGCUGUGGAGUCAACGAAUGGUGGAGGAGAAGAAGGUGGAGGAGGAGGUGGAGGAGGAGGAGGCGCAGAGGAGCGCGUGCGGAACCUGGAGGUGCAGCUGGCGUCCACCCAGGCCGAGCUGGAGGAGCUGCGGGAGCAGGUGCAGGUGGGGGUGUUCUCCGUGGAGCAGGCGGAGGCCGGGGGGGGAGGGAGGAGCGGAGGCCUGGAGGGUGGAGAGGGAGAGGCGGAGGCCCAGCAGCUGAGGGAGAGGGUGAGACAGCUGGAGCGGGAGCUGGCAGAGCGACGGGCGCCGGCGACGGGCGAGGAGGGCGAGAGCGAGGCGGCGCGACAGCUGCGGCAGAGGGUGGACGAGCUGCAGACAGCCCUGGAGCAGGAGCGCAAGGCCAGCGCCGAGAGAAGGAGGGAUGAACGCCAAAAAGAAGAAGAAGAAAAGACCAACCGAGUGAAGGAGGAGGAGAGUGAGACGGUGAAGAGGCUGAAAGAGCGCGUGAGGGAACUGGAGGCCUCGCUGGCGGGGAAUAGACAGCAGAAGGAGGAGGAGGAGGAGGAGGUGAAGAAGGAGGCGCGGGAGUCCGGCGGGGAGAGACGGAGCGGCGAGGGGGAGCUGGCGCUGACCCGCCACCUGCAGGCCAGGCAGGCCGAACUGGAGGCCCAGCUGAGGGGCAGCGUGCCGCGGGCCGAGCUGGACGAGGUGCGGGUCACCAUGGGCCUGCAGCUGGACCAGCUGGCCCGCGAGAGGGCUCAAGUGGCCCUGCGCCUCAACGACGCCCUGCUGGACCUGGAGAGGCUCCGGCCGCCCGCGCAGCACGGCGACGAGGAAGACGAGGAGGGAGAGGACGAAGACGAGCGCUCAGAGGGGUCCGAACGCUCCAUCAUCUCGGAGCGCUCGCUGCGCGGCGCGGGCACGGGUCAGACGCUGGCGGCGGUGCGUGCGGAGCUGGAGGCGGCGCGGCAGGAGGCGUCGCAGGCGCUGGACUCGCUGUGCGCCGAGCGCGAGGGCCGGGCCCAGGACGCGCUGCGACUGCAGCAGGGCGCAGUGCCGCUGGCCCGGCACCAGGAGGCGCUGGAGGGCCUGUCCGAGCAGCUGGCCCAGACGGCGGCCGAGCUGCAGCGCGAGGCGGCGCUGAGGUGCCAGGCCCAGGCCCAGGCCGCCAGGCUACAGGAGCAGCUGCAGGGCGCCGCGCAGGACCUGGUCAGCAAAGAGGAGCACGACAAGGUCAAGGCGGAGCUGCAGCGCUCCCUGGAGGAGAGCGUGAGUAAAGCACAGGCGGCGCAGGAGGCGCUGAGCGAGAAGGAGACGGAGCUGAAGGAGCUCAAGUCCCAGAAGGCCAUGCAGCAGGGCCUGGUGUCGCAGGAGGACCACGAGGCCCAGCGCCUCUCGCUGCAGGCCGAGAUCAACGCCCUGACCGCGCGCAUGGCCGACCUCCAGCGCAAGCACGACAAGACCUGCACCGAGGUGUUCCAGGUGCAGCGGGAGGCUCUGUUCAACAAGAGCGAGCGGCAGGUGGCCGAGGCCCAGGUGGCGGCCGUGCAGAAGCAGCUGGAGGAGCUGCAGGCCCAGUCCAGCCACGUCCAGCAGCUGCACCAGGACAUCCAGCACUCGCAGGGCCUCCUCAAGGAGAAGGACCGCAAGAUCACUGAGCUGUCUAAAGAGGUGUUCCGUCUGAAGGAGGCUCUGGGUGCUCUGAGCCCUCCGCUGGGUGGCGUGCCUCCCCCUGGCAACCCUGGCCAGCAGGUGGCGCUGCAGAACCGUGUUUCUGCACUGACCCAGCAGCUGCAGGACUGUGAGCGCAAACACAAGACAGUGGUGGCCAUUUAUCGCUCUCAUUUGCUGGCCGCCGUGCAGGGCCGCAUGGACGAGGAGGUGCAGGGUCUCCUGCUCCAGAUCCUGAGGAUGUCAAGCCGGGACCAAAGCCCCUGAGAAGCCAAAUAACCCCCUUCAUCAUGAACACACGCUCUGGGACACACACACACACACACACACACCCACAGACACACACACCACUCACUCUACCAUGCAGCCGGUCCACCUGGGCCCCAGGGGGCCCUAUUGAUGACGGCAGCCGCGUAUAAGCCAUGCUGCUGAUAUGAUAUUAGAGUCCCGUGACUGAACUCAUUGAUUGCUCGAGAGGCCUUUGGAGAGACUUACAGUAGCCUGUAUUUUGAUGGUGACAGAGGAAUAAAUAUACAAUUUAUCUGUAUUGAUUUUUCGAGACAUCAUCAUCAGUAUAUUUUCUGUUUCUUGUGUGGGCUUAGAGGUUGCUUUUUUUGUACCUUAUUCUUUCAAUAAAUAAGGAGAGACGGCGUGCAGCU